GACUAUUUCAUUACACACUGUUAUUUUUUAGUCCAAGAAAGAAAUGGAAUUACAGGACGAUGGCGUCCUUCACUUAGAGGGGCUGGAAAAUUUCUUAAAUCAUUAUCAAAGCAGCCGAAUGAAUUUUCAGGAGUUGAUAAGAAGCUCUGAACAUCAGAUUACUAGUAUGAACACGGCGUUGCAUUACCUUAAGAAGAAAAAUCUUGCUCAUAAUGAAGUGAUCGAACUGUUUAAAAUGUUGCUUGGUGUUGAUGAAUACGAGCAAAGUCCACUUCCACCUCAAUUUUUUGAUCUUCUAUCGCACAAAGAUUUCUUAAAGAAAAUCGUCCGUUACUUGGAUCAGUCCUACUUCUUCGAUUCUCGUAUUCAACAGUUAUGCGUUUGCGUUUUAACCAACGUACUUCAAAAUACGACGGAGAAAAACCUAUUUACAAAAGGCUUGCAGAAUAAAAGCAAGUUUUACACAGACAUCGCGAAUAUUAUCAAGUUUUGCUUCAAAGCUGAUGAAGAUUCUUACCGCUACAACAAUUGUGUCAACACAUUGACAUUAACAUUAAAUAUGCUGAAGCAAUUGAGGCUAUGCCAGGCAGGAAAUGUAGACGAAAAAUAUGAGAUUUCUAUUCUAUUCUAUCAACUCGUGUUGCAAUGUUUGACUCGCUUCAUCGGUGAAGAAGAUCUUUGUGAAUUGAGUUUGGAAUUGUUGAGAAUUCUUUUAGGUGACAAGACGGAUGAAAUGGAGAGGUUUAUUUUUGAUAGGCGGUAUGAUUUACUGGUGAAGGCAAUGACUGAGAAUCCUCACAACGAAACCAUCAUACAGAGUUCAUGCAUGUGCAUGGUCAACCUAACUACAAAAGGCGACGAGCUCUAUCAAAGUGUCAAUACGUGGGAUGUUAGUUUUGAUGAGUCAGCAGAAAUUGCUCUAGCCUCAUUGAUGAACUGCUCAUCUACAAUUAUAACAUUUCUUUUGGACAGGCUUGGUUUUUACUCUGAUGACGUCAUCUUUAUUGAGCACAUUUUAAAUGCGAUCUCCCAGAUGGCAAAGCUCACAAGUUAUUGUGAAGGUCUUCUUGAUCACGAUGCGAUUGAAAUUAUGCUCAAAAUGAUGAGUCAUCUUCGCCAGGAUAGUACAAUACAAACGUCAGCUAUCCAUAUUUUGGCACAGCUAAAGGAGGCUGAAAACGAAGGUACAACUGAUUCGCAAUGGCUUGUAGAAAUUUUCGCCGCCAUGAUCUCACAUCAAGACAACGCGCAAGUGCAACAAGCAGCGUGUCAAGCGCUAUCGAGUCGUAUUGCGUCGAAUCCAAGCGUGUGUAACUUCAUAGGAGAAGAGAGCGCCAGUUUAUUGCCAUUGCACAGUAGCGUUUUAGCUGCCUUAAAUAUACACUCAAAAGAUGUCUUCGUUUUUCAAGCAUCGUGUUCGGCCAUUUUCCAAAUGGCUGUCCAUUCAAAGGUUUUACAGCAAUAUUUGGUGGCGAAAGGAGCGUACGUUUCUAUUAUAAAAGAAAUGCGAGCCUUGGUUAAUGACGUUGAAAUUCACGGCUGGGGAUGUCACGCCCUGCGAGCUUUAGCGUUUCGAAAUCCGUACCAGGAAGAGCUGAUGUAUAAGUACGAUAUAUUGACUAUCCUUGCCGAAAAUCUCAAGUUCUUCACUAAUCUCACUGUGCUGAAGGAAUCUACAGGGCUGCUUGCUUGCUUAGCCACCGAUCUUGAGAUAGUGAAAAGACAAAGUGUUUAUUUGAGGAUUCCUGAUAUUAUUCUUCGUAUUGCUGUUGAAAAUGUAUUUUGCGAAGAGUUGGUCGAGAUGGCUUUAGAAGCGAUUGCUAUAUUCUCAACUUCAGAAGAGCAGCCAUUAUUGAAGCUCGAAUGUGUACGAGACAUACGUCAUGUCAUGACUGCAAACAAAGCAAAUGAGACAGUUCAGCGUUUAGGAUGUAUUAUUAUGCAGCUCAUGGCGGCUGAUCAGAGUUUUAUAUCAGACGAUGCUGUUUCGUUGGAAGUACUUCAAAUCAUCCGAGAUGCUAUGAUACGAUUCAAGGACAUUAUUUCUGUUCAAACCGAAGGCUGCAUAGCGUUAUACCUUCUUGUGGAACACGAAGAAGAAAUUUCGCGAAGUAUCAAGAAAAGAGCGAUCGAGAUGAAAAUACACGACCUGUUGUUUCCAAUCAUUGAAGACUUUAAGAAAAACGACGAGAUAACAUUAUUAGCACAACAGUGUUUAAUAGAGAUUACUUCUGAUAAAAAGAAAAAUAUUGUACAAUCAUCCAGAGAUGAGGUCCUACAUAGGGCGUGUUUUUUAGGUCAUAUAAAAUGUGCUGAAUAUAUGCUUCAACUUGGUGCGGACGUGGACGCAGGUAACCCGAGCGCACUCUGUACAAUCGCGUUAAGUGGAAAUACGAAACUAGUUGAGCUUUUGCUAUCUUACGAUGCUUCUGAAGCAGCCACGGCUUUAACUAUGUGUUUGGAAGAACAGGAUUGGGACAUGGCAGGCAUUUUAUUACGUCAUCUUGGUUAUGAAAAAGAAAAUGGUGCCAUAACAUGGAGUGCUAUGAAGAUUAAAGAAGUUCCGCCAGAAUUGUUAUUUCCAACCUUAACGUCGAAGGUAUGUCGAAUUAAUCCGCCGACAUCUGCGAAUGUGACGCCCAUCAAAAGCGUCAAGAUGCGAAAUAGACUUAGAGCAACGUCUUUUAAUAAGGAAGAGACGGACCCAUUCCAAACUCCACGCCGUUCUCAUGAGUCUAUGAACAGUACACCAUUGAGAAAUCGUUCCUCGUCAGAUCUGAGUACGAAUGAUUUAUUAUGCUCAGGGGGUCGCCAAAUCAACACUCGAAGUGGCACUAUUCUUCCAUACAAUACGCUGGAUCCUAGAUUAGUACGAAGAAACUCGGGCGAGAAACACACCAUUGUGACGUCACCGAAGGAAGAACUUGAAUUUUACCCGGGGCACCGAGAUGGAAUGCUGGCAUCUGAAAUGACAGAUAAGGACUUUUGUGUAGGACAUUUAGUAGACAGAUGCGUGACACCUGUCAUGGUAGAAAAAACACGCGAAGCUAUUCGGAAAUCACUCUCCGAUUUAAACCUCAUGAAAAAACAAGGAAGAUGCGAACCAUUUCAAACGCCUGAUGCAGCACCUCCUUGUAAAAUGAAAAAGCAAAACUCUCCACGCCAAAGGGCGAAAACCUGGUUGACACCAUUUCGCGAAGAAAUAAGCGAUGACAUUAAACAGUUAGACGUCUCCCAUAACAACAUCAGGGAUCUAGACAAUCUGGCGACUUGUCCCAGUACUCUUAUCAGCGAGUUCUUCCAUAAGCUUGAAUGUUUAGACUUGAGUGAUAACAUGUUGACAGAAAUGCCGGCAUCGUUGUCUCAAUCCUUGCCUCGAUUAAAAGUAUUGAAUGUAUCCACCAAUCAAAUCGCACGAUUUCCAUAUGAAAUUUUUAAGCAUCAGAGAAUCGAGACUGUAGACAUCUCGAAUAAUCUGGUAUCGAAUGUUAAACCUUCACUUUUACAAGUUGCGAUAUCUUUAACUAAACUUGAUAUAAGUAGAAAUAAACUUCGCGAAUUUCCUUCAUGGAUAGGUCGAUUCUUCCCACGUCUUGGAAAAUUAUUUUUAUCACAAAACGAGAUUAAAGAAAUCCCUAAUUCUGCCAAAGGUUUUCGUGCUUUGGUUGAAUUGAAUAUGAGUCGAAACUAUUUAGUGAGCGUUUCAGGUACAUUUAUCAGCGAAUGUACCUCGCUUGAAAAAGUUGACUUUUCGCAUAAUCAGCUUAUUAAUUUGCCAAAAUACACACCGAACACUUUGUCUCGCUUAUCUACGGUGAAGCUAUCUCAUAAUCAACUUAAAGACAAGCGACCGUUUUUCAUUCCGCAAUUGAUUCUAUCGAUACCGUCGUUACAAUUUGUCGAUUUGUCGCACAACAUGAUUACGCAGUUACCGGAAACGCAAUACUGGGCGUCAAAAUCAUUACGCGAUUUAUUGUUAAGCCAUAACAGAAUUCGAAAACUUAAUCUGAUUAAAAAUGUCGCUAUAUAUUGGCCGAAGCUAUCCAUACUAAACCUUUCUCAUAAUAAUCUGGAAAUAAUCCCAAGCGAAAUCGGACAUCUUACAAGUCUCAGCUCUCUGGAUGUUAGCUAUAACCCAAUAACGACAUUACCGGAUGAGAUUGGACGGUUGAUCAAUCUUUACGUCUUUCCAUUAGACGGCUUGAAACUUCGCCAUGACUCAGCAUCUUUAGGUUCUGCUCGUGACAUUGUAUCGUUCUUGCAGUCAAAAUUGAAAAAUGCUGUGCCGUAUUAUCGAUUAAAAUUUAUGAUUGUCGGUUUAGCAGGCCGUGGGAAGACGACUUUAAUUCGUCAACUAGCACAAAAGAAGCAUCCCGAUUACCCGAUCUCGACCGUCGGUGUCGACGUUAAUGACUGGAUUUUAAAACCGAAGAAUAAAAAACUUCCAUCUUUUAUAAUGAACACGUGGGAUUUCGCUGGUCAAGAAGAUUUCUACAGUACCCAUCAAUAUUUCCUUUCACCCAGGGCUUUGUACGUUGCUGUUUAUGACGUCAGUCGUGGAGUUGAAGAAAUCAACACUCUCACACCAUGGCUGCUCAACAUACAGGCUGUAGCGCCCGGCUCUUUAGUUAUACUGGUAGGAACACAUGCUGACAAAAUUCCGAAAGAGCGCAAGAAAGAUUACCUCAGCUCCGAACACAAAUACGUUGAAGAGUACCUAAAAAGUCCAGGUUUUCCUCAGAUUUGUAAAACAGCAAUUGUUAACUGUACAAAAGAAAACAGCGCCAUGGAAUCUCUCCGCGAAGAACUGUACGAAAUUGUAAGCAACUUCACAUACAAAGGACAAAAGAUAAUCAAGCAGCUUGUACCUGAAAUUUACGUACAGUUGGAAAGCAUGAUUCGGGAAGAAGCAUCGAAGAUGUCAAAGAAGGAUUUACUGCCCAUUUGCUCACAAAAUCACUUGUGGAAGCUAACAACUGAAAGUGGAAUACAUCUGAACAAUGACGAGUUUCAGCGUGCUUUGAAAUUUCUGAAAGAAACAGGCUCCCUUCUGCAUUUUGACGAUAUUUCUUGCAAUCUUUCGCAUCUGUAUUUCAUUGACCCUCAGUGGUUGUGCAAAAUGAUGGCACGUGUUGUGACAGUGAAAGAAAUCAACCCUUACAUUGACGAGUUUGGCAUCAUGCUGAAAGAAAAUGCUGUCCAUCUUUUUCCAGAGCGAACCUAUCCGAAAGAAUUUUUAGAUCGCUAUUUCAGAUUGCUUCGUAAGUUUGAAGUUGUGCUCCCACUUUCACGCGAUAAGUAUUUGGUGACAUCAAAACUGAAACUUAAGCCAUCAAAGAAUGUAAUGGAGUUGCAAAAACAUUUCUCGUCUGGCAAAGGCGCCGUGACGCGCAUCUAUUCGUUUCCGUACAUUCCGAACGGGUUUUGGGCUCGAUUAAUCACAAGAAUAUUGUCGUACGUUGACUCCGUUAUAACGGCGUUUAAAAAGAUUCCAGAAAUCAAGUAUUGGAAAGAAGGAAUAUACGUACUUUGGUCUAGGGAAGACUUUUUUCUAAUUGGACAACAGUGCGACGUGCCGGCAUGCAAUGAUCGUUGUAUGUUUGAAAUCUUUACAUCUGUUACUCAGUAUGGCUUCAAAUUACUUGGUGUUUUGGUGGAUCUUAUUGAUUCUUUAGUAGAAGAAUGGUAUCCAGGGUUAGCAGGUGAUUCUAUCGAGGGAAAUAACACAAUGAUUAAGAGGCUGUGUCCUUGCUACUCUUGCUUGGAUAAAGACGAACCAUAUACUUUUUACUUAAACGACUGUGUCACAGCCUCUUACACUUCAGAUACAAUCGAAUGUCCAAACUGCGGACCACGUCUAAUCUCCACGGUUGCACCAGAUUCUGUGUUUAGUGAUUUAAAUCGUGAUUUGAUAUACGAAGAGUGUCCUAUAGAAUUUCAUGAUCCGAGAAUGCACGUAUUAAUAGGCAGUGGUGCGUUUGCUUCUGUUUAUAAAGCGAGCGUGGACGGCACGAACAUGGCAGUUAAGGUCUUUGGUGAAACGACUGGUAGUUGUCCGAAUCGUUUGCUUCGUCAGGAAGUUGACAUAUUGUGUCGUCUUCACCACCCGUGUUUAAUGUCUCUGAUCGGUGUAUGUUUGCGACCGCGAUUGUUGCUACUUGAAUACGCACCGCUUGGUAAUUUGGAGAACACUCUUACGUCAGGGCGUGGCUUAAGUCGUGGUAUGCAACAUCGUAUUGCUGUUCAGAUUUCCGAAGGUUUAGCAUAUCUUCAUCAAAAUAAUAUUGUACAUCGAGAUUUAAAGCCGAGUAACGUGUUGGUGGUCUCUCUUUCUAUGGGUAUGUUGAUUAAUGUGAAGAUAACUGACUAUGGCAUUUCUCAAGAAUCUACCUUUCUCGGCUUGGCUGCUCAAAAAGGUACAUCUGGUUACCAAGCUCCUGAGAUUGCUAAAGGAGACGGGGAAUACCAUACUGAGGUCGAUAUUUUCUCGCUCGGAAUUACCUUAUAUCAAGUCGUAGCAGGAGGAGCUAUGCCGUUUGGAGAGAAAUCGUUUCAAAAUGAACUCGACGAGGCUGUUUUAAGUAAUAAGGCUAUCACAAAAAUCACAUCCCAUGGAAGUGCCCCCUGGCCUGACAUGGAACAUUUGAUCAGACGCUGUAUCCUGGCAAACCCAGACAAGCGUCCAUCGGCGAAUGAUAUUCGAAAUGCUUUGCUCAGUGUUGAUCUGUUGUGUUUAAAACGCGAAGCUGCAAUUUGUAAAGAGCAAUCAGUAGAAUGCAUGGCUGUUAGAAAAUAUAUCGAAGAUGGUAAAGAGAAACAAGAAGUUUGGGUAGCAAGUGGUCAGUUUAAUACUGGAGGUAAUCAGCUUUCAUGGUUUUCAAUAAAUCCGGACAAAAAACAGACUGUACAAGGAAUGUUAGUAAAGACAAGAAUCUUUUGCAUGACCUCAUACAGACACUUAAUCAUUGUUGGCACAGCUGCUGGUACCAUUAUGGUUUUUAAUGGCAUGACGAAGAAAGAAGAACGUUGCUUAUCGUCGGCUAAAGACUCGAUUCUGUGUUUGAGAGUUAUUCUGAAUAGAGACUUAAUUAUUGUUGGUGUAGCUAACGGAAGCUUGAUUUUUUAUUCGGCGAGUGGAAUUCUCGAUUCCGAUGUCCCUACAAAGCGCGUCGAUUUAAAAGGAAUGCUCGAAGCUGAACUACCUAUGUCCUUGAUCUCCAUCUCAUGUGUCAAUGUUGUUGGCAAUCAACUUCUUGUUAGUUUCGGUCUGUACGUCGUCGAGUUUAGCUUGGACACAUUCAGCGUAUCGAGAUAUUGGCAGGUAUCGGAGAAGAAUGUUGUAUCGCGUAUCGAAACAUCAAGAAGUCGAGUAUUAAUUUCCUGCAAAGACAGCUGUGUUAUCUCUGUUUGGGAUUUCGAAAACUGCGAUGAAGCCCAAAGUAAAAUAGACUGCUCUCAGAUUCUGAUUGAUCGCUAUGGCAACGAAAAAACUGAGAGAGACUGUCGCGUAGUAACAAUGACGGUUGUUGAGAGAGUGCUUUGGGUAGGCUGUGGAGGGGGCGAUGUUAUUUUAAUUGAUUUAUUGAAAUCAACUUAUAAGCCUUUAGCUAUGUUUUCACGUCACACAUCUGCAGUUCGUGCUAUAGUAGUUGCACCCAAGCUCAUGGGAAAAUCGGCUGCCGUAAUUACAGGAGGGUUGGGAUUUCGACAAUUGCAGCAUCUGGAUCAAGAUGAUGGCAAUAUGAAGGAAUUUGGCUUUGUUCUUGUCUGGGAAGCUGAUUUAGUGAAACAGCAAAAACACAUGCAAGGCGAACGUAAAAAGAGAGACGAAUUAGCAUUGCAGAUGGCGGAAGCUUAAAAAGUUGCCAUUUAUUGUGAUCAUACUGUAACUACUUUUUUUGUCAAAACUAAAAUUUGGACACUAACUCUCACAACAUAUCGACGAAUCUACCAACAUUCAAAGACUAAUUUGGACGUAUUUUUUUCUCCCCAAUUUGACUUCGCUUUUUAUCUUUUCUAAACCUUUAUCAUCUAUUUUAUCAUUUAGAAAAAAGGCAAAAUAUUUUCAAAUUCUGAAUUCAUUAUUCGCACAUCAGAAAAAAACUUUAAGCUAUAAUAAAAAAAUAAAAACAAUUUUUUCAACAAUCGCGUAUCAGUUUUUUUUUUCGGGCAUGAUUUAUAAUAUUCGUUUAUCUUCCAGAAAAUAACUUAUUUUUUAUAUGUAAUAUUGUAUUUUUUUACAUUACUCAUUUCAACGUUCAACGCAAACAUUUUUGUAAUUGACUAUUUUAUCUUACUGGCGGUUGUCUAAUCUUAGGACUCUCGAUAUAAAUAACCUUGAAAAGGGAAUUCAGUUUACGGAGAAGGGAAAGAUUACGGCUCAAAAACUAAAAUGUUUGUUAUAUCAAGGGAUCAUGGUAUCCAGCGUUUAUUAUAUUUUUAACGACUUUACUAGUAAUGAUAGAAAGAGUUUUUAUUCUGUAAACUUUGACAAAUUGUCAGAAAAUGUGUCGGGUGUGGUUUCAAAACCUUUCUCGUUAGGAAUGUAGAACAUUUAACACCGUUCCCUCAGUAAUUUAUUCUAUCGAUGUGCGUUAUAUGUUUUGCUAAUUUCCAUCAUGUUUUAUUCGUGUGACCAAAAUAUCUUAACUUAUAUUAACUAAUUUUACUAUUCAAAAGUUGAAUGAAAAUGAGAAGAAUCUAACAAGUGAAAACGAAUAGAAUGGAAGGAAGAAUUUUGACGACCUUCGUUUUAGAAUUUCUUUUAGCUUUAAAGAGAAGUUGAGGGGGAAAUUUUGUAAAUAUAUUAAAUUUAAGUUAUUCCCUAGAAUUUUAUAUUAACUUUUUUAAUAGAUCAUAGAUAAUUAUUUAAAGAAAUUAUGUUUAUAUAUAUAAAAAACAGCUAAA